GAAACUGGACCGCCAACUCCACGGAAGUCGUCAUAUGACGUAACGUUAGGUGGCAUCCUGCAUCAGCAUGAGCGGCACUUUGGUUUCUGAUCACUGAAACAAAAGUUGUGUGAUUUUCUCGAAUAGCUGAUUUUCUGUUGACCAGACAUGGCUUUCCAAAUUGAAGCGGAUUUACCACCUGUCUUUGCAUGUCUGAAAAAUGUUGAUGCCCUGCUUCGAUGUCCCAUUUGCUUCGACUUUCUCAAUAUUUCAAUGAUGACUAAAUGCUCUCACAACUUUUGCUCCUUGUGUAUCAGAAAAUUUCUUUGCUAUAAGUUGCAGUGUCCAGUUUGCAAUACAAAAGCAACUGAACAAGAUUUAAGAACCAACCGUUUAUUGGAUGACUUGGUCGUAAACUUUCAAGCUGCAAGGCAGAAGUUGUCAAAAGCAAAUUAUGAAUCCUCUCCAAUAUCGGCAACGAUCCCAACUUCAGCUGUCAAAUGCAAAACUCCUCGAGAAAGGGGCCAAAACUGUAAUAGCUCUGUUUUGAAUCACUUUUUCCAAAAGAGGCCUAAAACAUCUCCCACUAAGGAAACCCAGCGAGAUGGUUCUGUUACUCAGAGUGCUGAGCGGAGGAAAAUACAGACUGCACACACCCACAAUGCAAAUGAUGCUGACCUACAUUCAGCAACUGAUCAACUUCCAGUGGUUGUGAAGAAAGAGCCGAUGGAUGGUGAGAUGGCAUCUAUCCAGGGUUUUAUGUCAGUCAAACAGGAAGCCGGAGUCUCACACAGUAUGAGCACCGAGGAUGAGAUGGCACAUUCCUCAUCACCAUCAAAAGACGUAAAGCCCGUAAUCAAAGUGGAGUGCCCUGUGUGUUCCGUCAGUGUGCCACAGCAGUUUAUCAACAAGCAUCUGGACACGUGUCUCACCAGAGGAGAGAAGAAGGAAAGCUUGAGGAGCUCUCUUGGCAAUGCAAGGCGUCCAAUGACGAAGCUUGUGUAUAACCUGCUUUCAAUGCAGGAGCUGAAGAAGAGACUGAAAGAGUGCCAUCUCUCAAUGCAGGGUUCUCGAGACCAGCUGAUCAAAAGACACCAGGAUUUUGUCCACGUAUACAAUGCCCAGUGUGAUUCCCUAAACCCCAAAUCAGCUGAAGAUAUUGCCAAAGACUUGGAGGUCAAUGAGAAGAUAAGGAAUCAACUGCAGGGGAAAGCCAAACCCGUCAUGGUUUUUGCAAAGAAUCAGUCCGAGAAGGAGAUUGAUGAGAUUCAUUCAAAUUACAGGAAGCAGCACAGCAGUGACUUUUCCCGCCUGAUUGCCCAGGUUCGGUGUACUCGUAUCAAACAGGAAGUCACUAUGGAAGGAGAGGAUGCACAGAAAACACACUCUGCAGAUCAAGUUGCAGGAUCAAAAAGCUGCUCAGUGAUGAAGAUAGAAGACAUAGAAUCUGAUGCUGAGCCACCUGCGAGAAGGAUUGAAAGGUCAUCCAGCCCCACCUAUAGUGAUGUGUCCAUCAGCAGUUCUAUUUCAGACAUCUUUGGUCCAGAGCCUGCCAGACACCCCGAGAGCUGCACCAAGGAUGGCAGGAGAGACACAGAGAAGACCUCAGUCCAAAAGCGAACAUCCAGCAUGAGAGGAGACAAAGCAGCUUCAUCACUCGUCAGUGGAAAACGACGGCGCAAGACGUAAGGAUUGCUGGAGGAACGGGAGGAAGAGAGAAAAAGAUCUCUCACCUACCAGAUCAAUACCAAUAAACUGAUUGCUAAAGUUCAAGCAUAACAAGAAGGGAUCUUUAUGCACUUUCCUGUCCAGUAUUUUAUUUUCUGAUUCUCUGAAGUUGGACUAUUCAGGAUGUGUCAUGGUAUGAAUAUAUUUAGUAUUUUUAAUAUACUGUGUGGUCUUGUAAUCAUGAUGAGCUGUGGCCCACAACAUUUCAUCAGGUUACUCGAGGAGUAUGAAGGCUAUAAAAUCAAUACUUGAAUCUAUUCAAUCAAUAUUAUGUGUCGUAAAGAUUUAGUUUCUACAUAUAGAAAUUAAUGUUUUACUUUUUGUUUAUAAACAUAAGAUGUUAAACCAACUUCUACAUUCAACCAGUGUUAAUAUAUAGUAUUCUAUUGUAAUUUAGUUUUUUAUGUUUUUCUUUUCUUAAUAUCUUUUCUUCAUAUCAUGUUAUAUGGUCCAAUGUAAUAUUCAGUUUGAACUAAAAUAAACCUGUAACGGCAUUUGGUAGUUUCGCUUUUGAACACAUUUUGGGUGACAUAAUUGACAUAUCUUCCAACAUGCCAUCACAAAUAGAUGUUAGCACUUUGUACACUCUGUGAAAAGUUAAACUUUUGAACUUUGUAGUUGUGGUGGAACAUCUAUUAAAUUAGCAGUAUGAAUAAUCCCCAACAAUCAACUUUUCUUUCUACCAAUAGCUGGAUGUCUGCCCGAUUGCUAACCUAUCACUUCCAUCUUCAAAGGUUACCUCAGAUAUUUUGGCCAACUCAGAUUAGGAUCUCAGUCACAUGGGUUUCCUCUGUAAUUUGCAAUUUCUAAUAUGUAGCUUUCAAAUUGCUUUGUUUUCUUUGAAUGAAAAGUAACCAGGGUCAGUUUAAUUCAGGAAACCCAAUGCUUGUGGAAAGCCCAGGUCAAAGCUGCCAAAGUGUAAACACUUAAGGAGGCGAGGUGGUGUUUGGGAGAGUGAGCAGGAACACAUUUGGUAGCCGACCUUGAUUGAAAACAGCUCGCCUCGAGCUUCCAGUCCGAAACGUGGUUCUUCUGAUUCGGUUGUCUCUCUCAUCAGGCAAAGCAGGCACACGCUGUCAGACAUUGCUGGACCCAUAACAAAUUGACAUGCUUAUUCAUACCCCAGAUUGCAUCCCUACUUAUUUCUGAUACAAUGAUGCUGUUUGUCUCUUGUUUAAUUAGCAGGGACAUCUGCCUGAAACCACAGGAGUCGUUUGAGUGGCUCCUGAUCCGUGCCUUGAUUUGGGAUGCAGUGAAGCAGGCAAUGAUAUCACUGAUUCCAUACACACAGCAAACCACAGGGAUUGCACCCUUUCAAUUUCACAGUCACCUUAUUUGUCUGGGUCUGGGUCUGGGUGGUAAUGUUAAAGGGGAUAUUGAUAAUCUGUAACGCAAUGUGAACAGAAUUUAAAUCUCAGAAUUCAUGACGUCCCUUCAGCCUGGCCCUAACAUACAAUUUCUCAUAUUCGAAAUGCCCUGUACAGACGUGACAGCCUUUUGAAACUGUCCAAACCUCCAAAGGAUAUCAAAUGUGAACGUUAUGAUGAGAGAUCAGAAGAGAGUUGCAGACCUACAGCUGAACUACUCUCCUGCUAUGACUACAGCUCACAUUAAGCACAGCCUCAAGGACAAAAUAGCAGCAAUGUUAACAGCCCUCUUGUGGUUACAAUCUUUUUGUCCCCCUCAAACAGUUGCCAAUGGAGUGAAUCAUUUCUGUUGAUCCAGGAAUUAGCCAGAGGCAAGCAUGAAGGGUUGCCCACACUGUUGGGAAAGUAGGGUUGAAUGUGUUUCUGGUGGAUGAGAGUUCCACAUAGACUUUUUAAAAUGUAUUUCAGGAAAAAUGGCAGCACACUAACCUGGAAAGUGACUAAUUAGUAGCUUGGAUUUUAGUUUAUAUUUUAUAUUUUGAUUAAUAUUGUUGGACAUAUUGUGUUAGGAAAUCCUUGGAGUCUUGUAAAUUCAAAAGCUUUUUAAUUAACCAAUGACAACAAAGCAAACCUAUAACACAUGUGUUCUGUAGUUUGGUGUAUAUUUUGUCUUUUCCUACCAAAGUAGGACUUGUAUAAACAUAGCUUUAAUGG